AUGGAGACGAAUUCUGAGUGUUCGCUGUACUUUGUGUCUUGCCACACGGGAAAAGUCCUCCAAUGUGCGGACCACGGUGUCGUCCAGUGUGGAAAUCAGCUACGUGAGUAUUGGGAAGCUUGGAGGAUCGUUGAGCCCCGCAGCACGGUUACCACACCUCAGAUGCAGUAUGCGUUAAAUUACUGUUCUCUGACUAAUAAAGAUCGCCAAAACUUUGUCAUGGACCUGGUAAAGUGCGGCAAAACACCGGACGAGAUCGAGCAGAUCGUGACAAGAUUGUUUGACGGUCCAGCCGCCACAACAACUUCGGGCUCGGCAGUCGCUGUCCCAGUUACAAAGGGAUAG